AUAUAGGGCGAGUGGUUAAAGGGCGAAUCAUUCAAUGUACUCUUCAAAAUGGAGAUUAUUGCACAAGUGUGACAAUUCUGUAGUUUCAAGGCAAAAAGAAGACAUUAUUCUGUGAUACCGAAUAAAGAAACUUUGUAACAAACAACUACAUGUAUAAUAAAUGAGUUGAAAUGUCAGCAGCAACAAAAAGGAAACAUGUGGUUAAGGAAGUUCUAGAUGACUUUGUCUUACCUGAAGGGAGCCAGCAGAUUGUCCGGAUCUCGGCUGGAAGAGGUAAUAAUUUACAUGAAGUUGAAACGGAAAAUAAUGAGAGAUUUCUUGUCAGCAUGCCAACAAAGUUCCGUAAAAAUGUAUGGAUUAAAAGAGGUGAUUUUGUGAUGAUAGAGCCCAUUGGUGAAGGGGACAAAGUCAAGGCUGAAAUAGUGAACAUUCUGUACAAGGACCAAAUAAAAUACAUAAAAGAUGAAGGAAAAUGGCCAGCAGGAUUUUCCGACUGUUCAGACAACAAGAACAGUAAUGGUAUGAUUCCAGACGAUAUGUUACCCCCUAGUGACAGUGACUCUGAGGAUGAGGAAAACCUCGGUGAUAAAGUGAUCAAUACAAACAGGCCUACAGUGACGUACGAGGAAUCGGACAGUAGUGAGGAUGAUGAGAACGAUUGAAGACGAAACGUACAUGUACAGUGUAUGUUUUGCAAAUACGCAGGGAAACAAUUACGAUGGAAAUCGGGGAAAUUGCGGUUAUCUUUGCGAUGAAUAUAAAUAUCAAUAACGAUGGAAAAUCAGAGAAUUGCGAUUAUCUUUGUGAUGAAUGUAAAUGAAAGAAAUCAGGACUUUUAAAGAUGAAAAAAUUGAACAGAUGUGCAUACCGAUCCCGAACAUCAAAUUUCUGUUUGAAGGACUUAAUUUUCAGAAUUGAAACACGAGACCAAUUUUCGGCUGUGUUGUAUUGCAUGGUUAAUGAUAAUUAAUUUGUUAAAUGAUAAUGAAUUUGUUAGACCUUGGAUGUUACAUGUUAUCAUUAGAUUUCAUUUAAAUUAUUGUUAAAUGAAGCAAGCCUUCAAAUUCAUGCUAAUUUUCAUUAAUUUUUUUAGCUCACCUGAGCUUGCUCAGGGUGAGCUUUUAGGAUCGAUGAAUGUCCGUCGUCCGUCGUCCGUCCGGCCGUCCACAAUUGCUUGUGAACACUCUAGCGGUCGCAUUUUUGCCUCAAUCAUCAUCAAACUUGGUCAGGAUGCUUAUCUAGUUGAAAGCUCGGAUGAGUUCGAACAUGGGUCAUCUCAGAUGAAAAACUAGGUCACAAGAGCUAAAAAUAGAAAAACCUUGUGAACACUCUAGAGGUCACAUUUUUGACCCAAUCAUCAUCAAACUUGGUCAGGAUGUUUGUCUAGGUGAUAGCUCGGAUGAGUUCGAACAUGGGUCAUCUCGGAUGAAAAAGUAGGUCACAGGAGCUAUAAAUAGAAAAAACCUUGUGAACACUCUAGUGGUCACAUUUUUGAACCAAUCAUCAUCAAACUUGGUCAGAAUGCUUGUCUAGUCAAUUGCUUGGAUGAGUUCGAACAUGGGUCAUCUCUGAUGAAAAACUAGGUCACAGGAGCUAAAAAUAGAAAAACCUUGUGACCACUCUAGUGGUCACAUUUUUGACCCAAUCAUCAUCAAACUUUGUCAGGAUGCUUGUUUAGAUAAUAGCUCGGAUGAGUUCGAAUAUGGUCAUCUCGGAUGAAAAACUAGGUCACCGGAGCUAUAAAUAGAAAAACCUUGUUAACACUCUAGCGGUCACAUUUUUGCAUCAAUCAUCAUCAAACUUGGUCAGGAUGCUUAUCUAGUUGAUAGCUUGGAUGAGUUCGAACAUGGGUCAUCUCGGAUGAAAAAGUAGGUCACCGAAGCUAAAAAUAGAAAAACCUUGUUAACACUUUAGCGGUCACAUUUUUGCAUCAAUCAUCAUCAAACUUGAUCAAGAUGCUUGUCUAGGUAAUAACUCCGAUGAGUUCGAACAUGGGUCAUCUCGGAUGAAAAACUAGGUCACAGGAGCUAAAAAUAGAAAAACCUUGUUAACACUCUAGUGGUCACAAUUUUGACUCAAUUGUCAUCAAACUUGGUCAGGAAACUUGUCUAGGUCAUUGCUGGGAAUAAAUCGAACAUGGGACAUCUCGGAUGAAAAACUAGGUCACAGGAGCUAAAAAUAGAAAAAUCUUGUUAACACUCUAGUGGCUACUGUUGUGAUCCAAAUAUUCUGUUAAUUGGUCUGAAAGUUUGUUUUGAUGAUUUCUAAGUCAAGAUCGAACAUGGGUCAUCUUGGAUGAAAAACUAGGUCACACCGCCCAAAUAUGGAAAAACCUUGUUAACAUUCUAGUGGUCACAUUUUCGACUCCAUUAUCAUCAAACUUGGUCAGAAUGCUUGUCUAGGUAAUUGCUUGGAUGAGUUUGAAAUCGCAUGUGAAACUAGGUCACCGGAGCUAAAAAUAGAAAAAUCUUGUUAACACUCUAGUUGCUACUGUUUUGAUCCAAGUAUCCUGGAAAUUGGUCUGAAAGUUUGUUUUGAUGAUUUCUAGGUCAAGUUUGAAUAUGUGUCACCUGGGUAAAAAACUAGGUCGCACUGCUCAAAUAUGGAUAAUCCUUGUUAACACUGUAGUGGUCACAUUUUUGACUCACCUGUCAUGAGACUUGGUCAGAAUGCUUGUCUAGGUAAUUGUUUGGAUGAGUUUGAUAAUUCAGGUGAGCGAUCUAGGGCCAUCAUGGCCCUCUUGUUUUUAAUGUAUUUAAAAGUACAGUAGAACUUCUAUGAGUCGAACUUCGAUUAGUCGAUUUUCUCGAUGUGUCGAAGAAAAAUGAAAGUCCCGACUUUCCCCCUAUAUAUUCCUUAUUAAAACCUAUUUAUGAGUCGAAAUUUUAUGUGUCGAAUUUUUCGAUGUGUCGAGGUUUUUUCGUGGUCCGUAUAAAGUAAAUCUAGUGCAAUUUACAACAAAUAAGUCGAAGUCCUUGGAUUGUUUUGACACCUUUGAUCUCGAGACAUUUUUCACACCUUAUCUGGCUGCGAAGACGAUUUCCAAUCAACUUGUGUGAUAGGUGUUAAUAACACAGCCGUGUGUUCAAACAGCCUUUGUUUGCGAUAAAAUGCGUGAUAAAAUGCUUUAAUCGUAACUAUUUUAAUUGCCGUAGUGGUAUUUGAAAGUAAACAGUAAGAACUACUUUCAUUUGAAAACAUCCUUGACCCGGUGUCGCAGGAGAAUAACACGCGUAAUAUUUACUAUAAGCUGGUUUAGUUAUCGCCCUUUCGUAUUCAUACACCUUUUGUAUCUCUUUUGUAUAUGUCAACGGGAAGUCCAAAUAAUUAGCCGUGAAAAACAUUAUUUAACAUGCUAUAUCUAUCAUUGUCAAAUGUUAAUAUCAGAUUAAUGUUGGAAAAACAUGAAAUAGGUUUCGUUAUAGAUCUUAUAAUUAGGACUAGUCACGGGUCAAAAUUUUGUCAUGGAAUUGAGAGCGAUUCAUGAGUCGAAGUCCCGAUGUGUCGAAGUUUUUACGCAAGUCCCUUCAACUUCGACUUACCGAAGUUCUAUUGUAUUUAUCAAUAUGAUGUAGUAACAAAAAGGAAACAAUUUACACAUUUUAAAUGGCACUUAGCACCCAAUUUAAUUACCAAAAUGAGGUAAAAAUGUGCAAAAAUAGCCUUAAAUGCAUAAGUAACGCAGUAGAAAUAUAGUUAUAAACACUGAAAAUUAGUCGCAAAUAAAUUUUUUAAUUGAAUCUUGAAUAUUUUUACUUUUCCUAAAUUUUUGGUUCUUUUUUCUCAAGUUUGAUUUUAUUGAAAUAUUUUGGCUCAUCUGGAGGUACUGCUGCUUUCAUAAAAUGGCCCAAAAUAUCAAAAAAAAUUUGUUGAUUUAACUUUUUUUGUACCACUCAUAGCAGUAUAUAUCUAUGCAAGAAAAAAAAAGUUACCUACUUCAUAAAUUGUUCACAUUUAGUUGAGGCGUCACAGGUGUCGUGACACCAUUGAAGUAAACUAUAGUAUACUGGCAUUUUAAGUGAAGUAAAUUGUUUCAGGCUUAAGGACGUUUUUGGAAGUUUUCAUGUAGACAUAUAGGCAGAAUUAAAACUGUUCAAUAGAAUUUCUUAAAACUUGGCAUGUUGUUAGAAUAUGAUGACAGAAAUAUUUGUAGCGGAAAAAACUUAGGUGUCACCGAUUUCACUAUUGAGUUUUAAUUUUGUCUAUGUCACUAUGAAAACUCCCAAAGACUGUUUUAAGUGCCUAAAAAUAGAUUCCUGUUAUGAAAGGAUCAACUGUAGCAUCUUUCCUUGUAUUUAUUAAAUGUAAUACGGUGAUUUGUUUUGCAUACAUUUGUGUUAUAAAGACUGAAUAAGGGCCUUAUUUUGAAAGUGAUACAAAAAAAUAUGAUCAUAUGUGUUAAUAAAACACAAAAUAAUUAUAAAUGGAUGUUGUUGGUGAGUCAGGCACAAGGUCCAAUAAAAUGUAUCUUAAUUUUGCAGAUAAUAAAUUGUUCUGGGAUAAAGUAUCAUCAUAUUCAUCAUAUGUCAUGUCCAUACUAACUUUCUCAAAACACUUUUUUGCCAAGAAAUAUUUUAUAAGAAUAUCAAAAACAUUUCUAUUGCUUUUAUCUUGUGGAUUUUAUGUUGAAAGUUCCCAAAUAUGGUGAUGCUGUUCAUGAUCAGUUUAAUAUUUUAAGCAUUUCUAAUGUAACUUUUUAAUGUGAAAAAAAAAUUGCUAUUUAUAAAUGUAUAUUAUCAUCUUAAAAAAAAAGUAAGCGUUUAAAUAAUAAUACGUUUGUUUAAUUUUCUAACUAUGCUGAAAUUUUCCAACUUAAAAAGGCAUUGGUUGCUGUAAAAAUAACUGUGAGUAUCAUUUCGGAUACAUGUUUUAGUUGUUAUUUAUCUUUGUUUAAAAUUUGGAAAUGUCAAAUAAUGUUAUAGAAAUGCUAAUUUUGAUAAUGAAAUAGGGGCCAUAAUUAUACUUAUAUUUUGCAUAGUUUUAAGAUUACGACUGGUCCAAAUUCCCCACUUUUUAAAGCCUAAAACCCCUAUUAGGUUGGCUGGAAAUAUGGAAUGUAUGGUGAUAUGAAAAGAUCAAUUCCAUGACAUGUUCUGUACCCUCCUAUUUUUCAAUGAAAAAGUAAGAUAAUUUGGUUUGAAGAUUUAAGUUUAGUUGAUAUAAUGUAUUGCAUAACCUUGAGUGGACAAACUGUACAUGAAAGUUGACACAACUUGCAUUUGUGUGUUCUUUAUUUGAAAAAAAAUAAAAUCUUAAAUCGAAUAAAUGAAUAAAAAUUA